UAGCAGCCAACGCAGUUGUUCACCGCUGAGAUAUGCGGCGCUAGCAUCGCGCUCGCUUCCUCUUUUGGGAUAGCACGGUCAAAAUGUCUACCAACAAAAAGAAGACCAGGAAGUUAAGAGGACACGUGAGCCACGGCCACGGUCGUGUGGGGAAGCACCGCAAGCAUCCUGGCGGUCGGGGUAACGCUGGUGGCCAGCACCACCACAGGAUAAACUUCGACAAAUACCACCCGGGCUACUUUGGCAAGGUGGGUAUGCGCAACUACCACUUGCGCAAGAACCACUACUGGAAGCCGUGCCUGAACGUGGACAAGCUGUGGUCCCUGGUCUCGGAGCAGACGCGCCAGAAGCUCAAGAGCGACGGAAACGGCAAGGCGCCAGUCAUCGACAUUGUCAAGCACGGCUACUACAAGCUUCUGGGCAAGGGCGUUCUCCCCAAGCAGCCGGUCAUUGUCAAGGCCAAGUGGUUCAGCCGGCAAGCCGAGGAGAAAGUGAAGAGUGUCGGUGGCGCCUGCAUCCUCACCGCAUAAGUUGCUCGCCAAUAAAAUGUACAUUGCCACACUA